CUUUCAGUUAAAUCUUGCUAAAUAUGUGUUUUUUAUGUUUUUCCUAAAUUUCACUGCCACUAAUUAUUAACCUAUUAAAUCACCAAAACUUAACAAACAUCCUUAGUAACUUCAUUGAACUAAUUAAUACUUAAAUAAUAAUCACACAGAACAGCCCUAUUUGUUGUUGAACAUCUCAAUGACAAAAUUUGACACUAGCUGCCAUAUUGAUUAUAUUCAUCUGUCAUGUAAACGUCACUCGAGAAAUCGGUUGGUAUUUUCGUGGAAAAUGCGUGAUCACAAUUGAACCAAGGCUUUAAAACUUUCCUUUUACUCAAAACCCACCACUUAAUUGUAUAGUGCUAACGAAUUGUUAAUAAUUGGGCGAGAAUAGGUUAUUUGGGUGGAUAUUGCGAUUCUGGUGUAAAAGUGAAAGUCACUAGAUUGGGCGCGGGAAAUAUGAAUUCCAAUUAUGCGGUGGAUCCGAUACAAAUGAGAUUUUUGAUUGAAAAUUGCAAAGAACCUUUGAGGUUCAAGAAUUAUAUUGGUUGUAAUGUUAUGGAGUGGUCGUUGGAGAAAUGGAAAGCCAUUUUGAAGGAUGAAAUCAUGGAGUUUCGGUGUGGAGUUAGCAAAUACACCAAGAAUCCACAAUGGGAACGGACCACAAAAAUAGAACACAUGAAAUUCGAUGAUUUUUUAACCACCAUGGAAACAAAUAGUAAAAAAUGGUUGUAUUUUGACUAUAAAUACUUAAAAGAUUGGCUUUCAAAUGUGGAGGAAUUAAAAAAUGAAAUUUCUUGGGAAGCUUUUGGUUUUCCAGAGUUGAAUUUUGAGCACUCAACACUGUGGAUUGGAUCUAAAGGAGCCCAUACACCUUGCCAUAAAGAUACAUACGGGAGUAACAUUAUUUUUCAAAUUUUUGGACAAAAAGAGUGGAUUAUUUUUCCUCCUGAAGAAAAUCUUCAGCAAACAAGAAUUCCUUACGAAGAAUCCAGUAUUUAUUCAAAACUUAACUUUUAUAGUCCAAAUCCUAAAGAUUUUAAAGCUUUAUCAAGAUGUAGAAAAAUUACCUUAAAUCCUGGGGAUGUUUUGUUUUUACCAAAUAAAUGGUGGCACUAUGUCGAAAAUUUGGAAACCUCCAUAAGCCUUAAUACUUGGAUUUCAAUGGAAGUUGAUCACGAAGAAAGAAUAAACGAGUCGUUAAUUCAAUUAAUAAUAUCGCAAUUUUCAAAGGAUUUGAACAAAGAUCAGCAAAAAAUUUUGCUGAAUCCCAAUAUACAAGAUGAAAUACAAAAUCUAAAUUUCGCUACAGCCAUAGAAACUGUAAAUUUCUGCAAAGAAAAGUUUAUGGAGGAGCAGAAAAACAAAAAAUUUAAAAGUGAACAAAACGAAAACGCUAAACCUCAGAAUUUUUUAAGCGUUGAUAAAAUUUUAGAUGAGAAUGUUUUUAUUGAAAAAGUUAAUGUAAUGAGCAAUGAAGAAUUUCAUCAAUACAUAGAAAAUAAGAGUAAAAACUUUAAGAUAGAUACAAAUUUUGAUGAUAAUGAAAUAAGGAAUAAUUGUAUAGAAAAAACAAUCGAUGCUUUUACCGACCCUGAUGUUAUAUCAUUGGUUAAACAAAAGUUGUUGAAUAGUUAGAGAAAUAAACGUGUUUUAUUAAAAAAAAUUAUUCUUGUAUUUUAAUUGAAUGAAUUUAUUCCUGAUUUCACAAACUUCUACUGUCUGUCCACUCUAAGUUGGCGGAACUAAGGAAUUUUGUAGUUUAGAUAUUAAAGAAUUGUCGUACUGUGUGCUU